AUGACUGUGUCUAUGACGACGGGAAUGGUCAUGGACACGAUGGUCGUGAAAAUGUUCAUGCUCGUGGUCAUGAUCGUCUGCUUUUUGGUUCACAUUGACAUUUGCUUCAGAAAUCUCAGUCAUGUCCCUUCUGUG